CAACAACAACAGUAAAAUUUUUUAUCGUGUGGUGUGCAAGUGUUUUUUUUUAUAAAAUAUAAGUUCUUGGGAAUUCUGCUUCUACUUUAGCUUUUCGACGCUGCCGCGCUGUUGCUUAAGUUGGACCACCUACACAGAGGACGUUUAAGUGAGCAAGCUACGACGACGAAAACGCCGCAGCAACGCAGCUUUCCUCCUUGGCGGUCCAACGGUGUGGAACAGUGUUGUUCAUGAUGUCGGACUACAGCGACUUGGAUCGACAAAUUGAGCAGCUAAAACGCUGCGAAAUCAUCCCGGAGAAUGAGGUAAAGUCUCUGUGCGCAAAGGCUCGUGAAAUUCUAGUAGAGGAGGGCAAUGUACAGCGCGUGGACUCGCCCGUAACCGUCUGCGGUGAUAUACACGGUCAGUUCUAUGACCUCAAGGAGCUUUUCAAGGUGGGCGGCGAUGUGCCCGAGAAGAACUAUCUGUUCAUGGGCGAUUUUGUAGAUCGCGGCUACUACAGCGUCGAAACAUUCCUGCUGCUGCUGGCGCUUAAAGUGCGCUAUCCGGAUCGCAUCACACUGAUACGCGGUAAUCACGAAUCUCGUCAGAUAACCCAGGUCUAUGGCUUCUAUGAUGAGUGCCUUCGCAAGUAUGGCUCAACGGCCGUCUGGCGCUACUGCACCGAAAUCUUUGACUACCUCAGCCUAUCGGCCAUAAUCGAUGGCAAGAUAUUUUGCGUACACGGCGGCCUCUCGCCCUCAAUACAGUAUUUGGAUCAGAUACGCAGCAUUGAUCGCAAGCAGGAAGUGCCACACGACGGCCCCAUGUGCGAUCUGCUCUGGAGUGAUCCCGAAGACCAAACCGGCUGGGGUGUUUCACCACGCGGCGCUGGCUAUCUGUUUGGCUCCGAUGUGGUAUCGCAGUUUAAUCGCACCAAUGACAUCGACAUGAUAUGCCGUGCCCAUCAACUGGUGAUGGAAGGUUUCAAAUGGCACUUUAAUGAGACAGUGCUGACUGUCUGGUCAGCGCCCAACUAUUGCUAUCGUUGCGGCAAUGUGGCGGCCAUUUUGGAACUGAACGAGUACCUGCAUCGCGACUUUGUCAUCUUUGAAGCCGCCCCACAGGAGAGCCGCGGUAUUCCUUCCAAGAAGCCGCAGGCCGAUUACUUCCUCUAAUUAAUGGCGUUGCUGCUGCCCCACGGAUGACAAAACUUGGAGCCGCAAAUAGAUACAUACUGAUUACUGCCAGCCUGCCUAUAAGCAAAGAAAUUAAUCAAUUACACAUAUACAUACAUAUACGUCUUUAUAUAUACACAAAACGUAAUCUUAAGACAGUCAGUCAGUCAAUCAGUCCUGCUUAUAUUUUAUGCUCCUUAACAUAAUUUCAUGCUCCCAUUUAUUCAUUAUUUUUCCUCUUGUGGCAGCAAAGCCAUUUCUUCUUAUUUACCUGACCCUAACAUCAUCUCUAGCUGUAAGAAUUAGAAUUGUGUAGCCAGUUUCAUUUACAUUCAUUUAGUUAGUUUCCUUGCUCUAUAUAUUUGCUUAUAUAUACAUACCUACAUAUAAUAAUUUUAUAUAUUCCUAAACAAUUCGGCACAACUCUGUGCUUGGCUUAGUGGCCGUCAUCUGGUGUGUGUAGCUGGCAACUUGUAAUAACAUAAGUUUAAAGAAUAUUUUUUUUUAUAAUUAUCUAAAUCAUAGUCGCACAUUUCAAGAGGAAAAGCCUGCCAACCACCAUAGUGCUUCAAAAGCGGCGACUAUCGAAAUGAAAGUAUCAAACAUAAAAUAACUAAGCAACAGCAACAACAACAAAACAAUAAAAAUGUACUGUAAUGAUUUUUAGCGUUUAAGCCACAUAAACAAAUACACACACACACACAUUAACAAAAAAAAAAAAAAA